AUGCCGGCGCAAAUGUUUCUUGUCAGCCGCCGGAAACCCACGGCCGGCGACCCUAUCAAACAAGCACGGCCCAUGUUGCACUGGAAGCUCGACAUGGUCAAAGACACUAUGGCGCGGGAAUGCAACCGCGUCGCUUUAAAGCCGGCCUGGUUGACAGCCAGCCGUUGGGGCGAAACGGCGUUUCUCAAGAAGGGAAAUGUCGCGGACCACCCGGGCAACAAAGGGUCAUAUUCGUUAAUUGAGGGGCUUCCCCAUAAAUUUACAAGGGCGACCCCCACCGUGCGGCACGGUGCGUGGUUAUAG